GUUGCCGUCCGAGAGCAAACGAAACGAAAACGAGCGAACGAAAUGGUUAGAGAGAAGGUUUCGUCCGUUGUAUUUCAGAUUUUCUUUUGUUUUUGUCUUUUUCAAGGAACUGCUGGUGAUUCAAGUUCACAAACAGAUACUAACACCAUAGUAGGAAAGCCUAAACUUGGUAAGAAAGGCAACAAUAUCUAUCGAUCUUGAGCUCACUUUAUAGGUUUUGCUGGGUACUUUAUUUCAUCGACGCCAUUUAUUUUUUUUGUCUAAGCAUGGCAAGGCCCCUUAUCAACAGCCUCAUCCUAAAAACGAGCUGUAAAAUUUAUGUACAGGGUAAGAGUUCCGUACAACCUCCGGGAGGGGAGGUUUUGGGUAUAGAUGAGCCGCUAAAGGUUUGAAACCCUGAUCCCGUUUAGGACAAAAAAUUCCCAAACCACAUACCCUGUUUAGGACAACACCCUCAAUUGUAUUACCCUGUUUAGAGCAAAGGACAAAAUGCAUCCCAUCUUGUUUUAAAGCCAUUUAUUGGCAAUUGCAGUAGAGCAAAUUCAUGUCAUUGUUAUUGCUUUUGAAUACUUGGAGUACAAACAAUUCAUCUAGCAGGGCUCAAAGUUUAAAUUUGAGUUUGGGAGCACUUGUGCUACCAGAUGUAAAUUUUAGGCACACUGCCAAAAUUUUAGGAGCACAGCUUAUAAUGUUGGGAGCAUCUAUUUCAAAAGAAAAAGUAAAAAGCUUAACAGUCCCACGUUUAUUUGUCAUCUUCAGUUUGUUACUUUUACUUCAGACCUGUGAUUAAUAAAACACAGCCGAUUUGCUACGCAGUAAUACCGCUGUGAUUUUUAAUACUAAUUUCUCUUUUUGACAAUACAGUUGUGACUAAAGAAAACUUGCACUUGAAAAACAAUUCAAAACUGACAACAAUGAGUGUGUCAAAUGAGAAUGAAAAUUAAUCUUUAAUGAAUUUGUUAAAUGUGCAAUGACUUACAUGUAACUGGGAUAUGACUUAAUUAAGCAAUAGAAAACGUUUUCUGUGUUUGCCUAGCCUGAUAUAAACACGAGAGGGGUUGGGAGAAUUCAAGACAGUUAUGCAAACCCGAGACGAAGUCGAGGGUUUGCAUAACUGUCGAGAAUUCUCCCAGCGCGUCGAGUGUUUAUAUCAGGCUAUGCAAACACAGGAAAAAAGUUUUCAAUUGCUUUUAUAAAAUAACUUUCCCAAGAAAAAACGCAAAACUCUUUGUAUGGCACUGAUUAAAAGAGAAAUUCUUAACAGUCGCAAAGUCUUGUCCACGAAGUCUUGCACGCGUAAUCAGUUCUUGUUUUGCAAAAAGAUGCUUUCCAAAAUGCGGAUUUUUCUUGCUUAAAAUGUUAGCUUAAGCGAAGAAAAAUUGACACACCUUUGUAACGAUUUUCUAAGUUUCAGCCGACGAAGGAAUGGGUAAAUAAAGUAAACUUGUUGAGUUUUGAACUCGAAAACUUUUUCAAAUUCGUGCUUGCGUGAUAAGCGCGCGAAAAGCAAAACAUCUUGAUGCCACAACCAUGUUCACAUACUCUCAUGCAAGCACUCCUCUCGGCCAAUCAGAGCACGCGUACUAUCUUAGUUAUUUUAUAAAAAACUUUCUUACCUAGAAAAAAAGGCUCUUAAUCCGGACUGUUUUUGUUUUGAUUGAAGUUAAAACUGAACGUUUGACGUGAUUGUCCAUUGCGCAAAAAGUAUGUGUUUCGUUUGUAGCAUAUAUUUGCAUGUGUCAGCGGUGUUUAUUACAAAACAGAAGAGUCUGGGAUGGAGUAAAACAUCGAAACGAAAAAGAACAUUCGAGUUGGUAGAAUCCAUUGGGAGAAAAGACCAAUUAAACAUACACCGUCUUUCUAGUUCGAGUUCGUAAGUAUAGUCGGAAGUAAGUCAGUUGCACUGUGCUUUGGGUUUUACGGUGCACAGGUGCGAUUACACAUGACUUUUUAGGCGCACAACCAAAAAUCUAGUAGCAAAUGCAACCAGUUAGUCGCUAACUUUGAGCCUUGUCUAGCAAAUCAAAUCAAUUGUGCCGGCAAUACCACGUUGACAGAUUCGUUCGAAAUUGUAUACCCUGUUUAGGACAGAGAGGUCAAAACCAUACCGUAACCCUGUCCAGCGGCACAUUCCUGUAUAGGCCAUAUAAGGGAGUACCCCCCUGGCAUACAACUCCAUGCUUUCAUUAUGAAUAUUUAUAGAAAAUCUGUAAUAUUCUGAUCAAAGGGGGGAAUGGGCACACUUGGAAUUGUCUGAGCCAUAAAUCUGUGGGGUUGUAUGGAAGUCUUACCACUUUACUUCACAUGAACAAUAUCGAAUUCAAAUUUAAGCCGACUCAAAUUACUUUAGGCUGGGUGACUUGAUUCAGAAGCCGAUCUUUAAUCUAGAGGAACUAACUUCAAAAGGGAAAAAACACACCUGUCAGUAAACGUCAUUAUAAAGAUUUAUAUGUUUGAUUUGACAUCUGAAUCAAAGCUGUUCCACAGCUGUCAUUCCCGGCUGAGCCAGCCAUAGAGAACAUCUGAGCCAAACUAAAUUUAAUUAGCUCUUUUGAAUUGAUUCAGAUGCCGUACUUCACAUAAAUGUAAUUAAAUGAAUUUGAUUUGGCCCACCUAAAGUACGGUGUCUGAACCACACUUUAAUAGGUGCAUUUAUGUUUCAGGCCACAGUUGCUCAAAGGUGGAUAACACUAUCCACAAGAUAAAACAUUAUCAUGCAGAUACAUGUGGGAAAACAAUUGUGUUAUCCAGUUGGAUAGCAUUAUCCACUUUUUCAACAGCUGUGGCUAGGGCUAGAGCACUCUCCAUCCCCAGGCCGGCUUCUUUAGACAUGUUAAUUCUAGUUAUGCUUAAUACUGCCUUUUAGAUAGUUUUGUUAGAGCCCACUAGACUGCAAGUAUUUGUCCCUCUAUUUCCCCAGGGAUAGUAGAUUGAAUGCAUAUAAAAAUAACCACCCAGAAUUGUGCGGAGAUAAAUGAAGAGAGAAAAUGAGGGACUACAGACUAAAGCCCAGGCCCCAUACAGUUGUUCAAAAGGUGGGUAACGCUAUCCACUGGAUAAAUCACUAGUUGGUAAGUAUUAGGGAAACCAAUAUUAUUGCACUAUCCACUGGAUAGAGAUUUAUUCUCAGGAUAGCGCAAUCUGCCUUUUGAACAACUGGGGCGAGGUGUCUAACUUUGUGCAUUGCUGUAGCCUGAGAAAACAGCUAAAAUUAGGCAACGCCACCACUGGUUUUCCCCGCAAAUAGAUGUCUGAGAAAAGAGUGCGGAAAUUCCAUACUGAUAACGCAUCACUACCCAGAUCUGGAUAGUGCUUCUUGAUUGGUUGAAGCAAAUUUCCCACGCGGCACAACCAAUCAGAAGCACUACCCAAUUUGGAGGUGGGGGUACUAUGGAUUUCAAGCGUCAGGGAUGAUUGAAUGGGGGCAAAGAUCCAAACCCCAAAACAUCCCUGGAUCAAUUAACCUGCCAAAAAUCCCAUGCUGAAUUUCCAAGGCUUAAAAAUUUCCAGAAAUAGUUAAAUGAUAUACAGUGGAACCUCAAUAUCUCGAUGUAACGAACCUCUAUAUAACGAAGUCCUCAGUGUAACAAACGAUUUUCUUCACCCUAGUAAUAGUAAAACAUAUGGAAAAGUACCUCGAUAUAACAAAACCUCAUUAUAGCGAACAAAUUUUGCCAGUCCGUUGGCACUUUAUUAUAUCGAGGUACACUGUAACACAAAGAAAUCUUCAGACAGUUUUCAAACCCCAAAAAUUCCCACUUUAAUCAAGCCACCCAAAUUUUCUGACCUCAAAAAAUUGCAGAAUCAAAAAUUUCAAACCCCCAAAAAUCCUUCAAUCAUCUCCGUCACUUGAAAUUUGGAGUAGCCCAGCACCCACCUCCCCCCAUCCCCCUCCCCCUCCCCCGCAGGAUCUGGGUAGUAAUGCAUUUCUGCACUCAUUUCUCAGAUGUCUCUUUGCAGGGAACCAGUGGUGAUAUUGUGAAAUGUCGGCUUUUUUCUCAGGCUAGCGUUACUUUGACAAUGAUAUUUACCACAUUUGAAACAAUCAAUGAUUUAACUAGAAACCUAACAAGAUAUUUGUUUCAUUUUCAGACAUAACUGUCGGAAUUAGCAUUGGAUUGUUUGUGUUAUUUCUUGGAAUGGCAAUCUUUGUUUACAAACCAAAGAGGAAACGAUUUCCUGUCAGAACAGCUUACUGUGAAAUAGGACAGUACCAACCCAUGCCAGUGUAAAUAUUUGGGAAAAAUGGUCUGAUUAAGGACAGUAACCUGAUUGUUACUGAUUGUCAGCAAGUGAAAGUUAUGGAGGGACCAAGGCCUAAGUUAUUAUUAUGAACUUUAAAGUCCACAUCUUCCAGUAGUUCUUUAAUGGUCAUUGAUUAAAUGGAAGGAGUUCAUAUUUGAAGAAGAUGUCAACACAGUCUUACAGUUGCUGCUUCUGGUGAUAGCUGAUGUUGCCCUUCCAACACUGUACUUGGGGGACAUGUUUCUUUGUCAGAAAGCAGUGAUUUUGUCAUUUGCAAGUAAUUUCUCAAGUUCUUUAGCAGACACCACAGAGAUCACAGACUCACUACAGCCUACCAGAAGCCAAAUUAUACGGAUUUGUAUAGGAAUUUAUCGUAAGAGCGAUAAAACAGUGAAAAUGUACACAAACAACUAUUAAAGUAUACAUACCUCAUGAAGAAUUGUGUCUGUGUUGCUUUCUUACUUUUUCCUGCCCUGUGAAUGCCAUCUUAGUAGGGGGAAACCAAAACAUUAAAACUUGUUCAAAUGGCAUUUAUACGACAGGAAACAGUAAGAUGGUAAGAAACAGUAAGAUGUUAGGAAAUCUUUACUUCGUUUUCAAGGGCCCAAAGUAUUUAAUUCCCUUAGCUCUGAAAUUCAGAAUGCCUCUAGUAUUGCUGUGUUUACUUCUAAACUAAAGUCAUUUUUCUUGGUAUAAGCACCCUUUACUUCUCUUAAUACUUGUAUGUAGUUUUUCGCUUCUUUCGCUUUUUUCUCGUAAUUUUGCACUUUUUUAUCUUACUCUUUUUUUUUGUUUUUGGACUUGUACGUUCACCCUUAUCUAUUUUUAUCCUAUGUAAUUAUUGUUGUCUUUGUUGU